AAGAAUACAUACUAUGUAGCAGCAGGAGGAAACUAGUGUACUGCACAUAAUGUCACCUUAUCAAUUUAAGAUGAGUGUCUGGGUGUUUGUCAUCUUCCUAGUAUCUGAGAUCCCUCCAACUACCCCGGCACAGAGUAACUGUCCCUGCAAAUAUGAGCUAAAAGCGGUCUGUUCGCACGGCCCGGCCACUGUGUUCGUCCCGUGUCCAAAAAUAACCGGCGAGGACGUGACCUUCUGGCUUCUAAAGGACGAGCGAGAAAUUUGCAAACGUAAGUGCAGCUACACCAAAGACGUCCUGGAGUGUGAGCCAAACCCCGAAUGCAGCUUGGCGCUGCGGGAGGCCAAUGAAUCAGUCAGCUUCAUCCUCACUGGAGACCCGGCCAGGACCAGUGGACUGUACAUGUGUGAGGGUAUGGUCACAUUCCCGCCUCCCUUCAAGAUGGAGACGAGUGCAAUGAGAAUAUUGGUGCAUGUGGAGGGUCGUCAGUGCCAGGACAGCCCCGCUAAAACACAUCUGAGCAAUGAGCUCCUCUGGAUUUUGAUCGCUGUGCUUGGGAUUCUUUGCGUCUACAGCGUCACCAUCACCACCAUUGCUGGGGUCAAGUGGGCCAACGCCAGGCGGGAACAUGUCCACAAUGUCUACUCUAACACAACAAGAACCAAAGUCAGCAACAAGAAAAACUAUAGGAAACCCAAACCACAGCUUUUCUGAGAGUCGCCCUUUUAAUUAUAAGCUCUAGGGCAGGGGUGGGCAAUUAAUUUUUACCGGGGGCCGCAUGAGCAACCCGAGCACUGCUGGAGGGCCACAUCGACAAUAUUUCAAUUAAAUUUUGCUCAAUAUUAUUUUUGAUAUAUACCGUAAGAUAAAUAAUAAUAAUAAAUAAUAAUAGUAAUACUUCAACAUAGUGUGUGUAACAGCAUUCCAUGACUAAUAUAAAUAAAUUAACAUUAAUAAUAAAUGACAGUAAAAUAAGCACACGUAUGACUGAGGAGUCAUAGUGUAACAAUUAGCUACCUGCUGCCACCUACUGAUAUAGAAGAGUAUAACAUGGUUACUCUGCUGAGCUCUAGACAGUACAGACACUCAACAACGGCCCAUUGUUUGCGGAAUAUAAUUACUGGUGUGCAAAAAAUAUUUGUAACCCAUUUAGGUGAAAUUACAUAAUCUCCCACAGCACACCAGACACAGUGGUUGAAAAACACUGGGUUAGAGUACAGCACAAAGUUACGUACGCAGAAGCUUUGAAAGUGAUAAACAAUGAAAGGGGGAAUAGGAAAUAAUUCCAAGGAAUAACGGGGGAGAGGUAGUGAGUCCUAGAAAUAGGGGGUAACCGGAAAAGGUAAAUAAAGAGGUGAUCGUGUUAGAGGGGGAACAUUUUGUCACCUUUAUAGCAGGACUGACGGAGGUUUAAAACAUAAAGGAUACAAAUAGUUGUUAAAGCUGCAGCACAUCAUUUGGAGUUGAGUGGGCUUGCAUGUGAAGAGGUGAGAAAUUGCUGAUUUCUUGAUGUCUUUUGUAUUGGUGGUCAUGUUUUUUUUUCUUCUUCUAAAAGUAACCCUGGGCGAUCAGAGCUCGUUUUAUACAUGUAGCGCUAAAUUUGACCAGUAGAGUGCAAUAACGCUGCACAUUAGGUUUAAUUGUGAUGAGUCACAUACCAGUACAUCGUUUGCAAUGUUUGUAUGUAAAUGUUUAAUUUCAAUAUGUAGUUGUGUAAAUGUGUUAACAUGAAACCUUCCAUUUCCCAUCCAUUCAUUUUCUACCGCUUGUCCCUUUCGGGGUCACGGGAGAUGCUGGAGCCUAUCUCAGCUGCAUUCGGGCGCGAGGCGGGGUACACCCUGGACAAGUCCCCACCUCAUCACAGGGCCAACAGAUAGACAGACAACAUUCACACUCACAUUCACACACUAGGGCCAAUUUAGUAUUGCCAAUCAAUUUAUCCUCAGGUGCAUGUUUUUGGAGGUGGGAAGGAGCCGGAUUACCCGGAAGGAACCCACGCAGUCACGGGGAGAACAUGCAAACUCCACACAGAAAGAUCUGGAGCCCGGGAUUGAACUCAGGACCUUCGUAUUGCGAGGCACAUGCACUAAACCCUGUGCCCACCGUGCUGCCUACCUUCCAUUUUGUUCAAGUAAAAUACACAAUGGAUGCUAUACUUUUGUAAUGUUUAUAUUUUCAGUCUUACGAGCCUAAAGGAAGGAAUAAGUGUAAGAAAUAACAUUGAGGAAGGAAAUUAAUUUUUAAAGGAGCAACAUCAAUCCCCAACAAAACUUCUGGAGCUUCUAUUUCUUCAUGCCGUUAACUAUCUGCACACGCUGGAAACGAGUAACGAGGGCAGAAUAAUGACUUUAUUGACAGUGCAGUGUGAAAGACGAUGUGUUUACUUUGUAAUCAAGUAAAGUAAAUCUCAAAGGAAUAUAACAUGCGGAGGCACUUCAAUGUCCAGCCCCCCAAGUCAUUGGACUUUUGAAACUGUGGCCCCUCUUCAUUAUGUAUGUGUACAAGCUAGUUUCAUGAAACCCUUAUUUUGUUACGAUUUUUUGAUGAUUUAAUUAAGGGAUAAACAAAUAAACGUUCACUGACUGAGGAUAGAGCAGCACAGUUAUUGUGAAGACAGGAACUGUGCGGUUGGUUUUACACGUUUGACAGCAAGUGUUUGGGAGAGAGAGUGUGUGAAAUAAAAGUGUUGCUCGCGUUUCCUGCCUGGCGUUUUCUUUUUUUCAUACUGAACACACAGCAGCCGU